AUGAGUACAAUGGCGCAGAACACAGCGCUGACGAUUCCUCAAGUGCUGCUGGAAAGCAAGAAAAAGUUCGACAUAACAAGCAUUCUCGCUGCUGCUGCUCGGGAACCUCAGAGUCCCGUGAUCUCCAACACCAGUUCCAAUUCCAGCUCCAACUCUGGCUCGAACUCGGAUCCCGAGACCUCCAAACAUCUCGAACGAAGCCCUUCUCCAGUCGAAAUCAUCCCUAACAAUGAGCAAAGCUCGCCAGCCACUCCAGAAGCAAAAAUAGAGGAAAUUCCGAAGCCAGCUGAACCAGCAGCAACUGGUCUCCCCGCAUCAGUCAUGGAACUCCUCGCAGCACAACAAGCAGCUCUUCUUCGACUGACCCAAGGUGGUCUAUUCUCUCAACUCGCUGCCGGGGCAACUGCUACUGCCGGAACUGGAACUGCCGGAACCGCCGCUCAGCCAGGCAUCCCCGGCCUUUCGACGCUCACCCGUCUGCCUGAAGAUACUCCUCUCCCACCCAGUCCAAAAUCAGAGUCGCCCGCGCCGAGCCCUCCUCCAGCAGCUUCUGCAGUACCAACUUCGAUCCCCACCCCGGUUUCGAUCCCAACCCCAGUCGUUUCUGCGCCGAGUGGGCUCUCCGCCAUCUCUGGCCUCUCCAACCCCCUGAUGCCCACGCACAAUGCACUGGCAGAACUACUCCUUUUGCAGCAAAAGCAACAAGCACAACUGCACGCCCAAACUGCUCAAAUCCAAGCUCACAUCCAAGCACAAGCUCAAGCCGCUCAAGCUCAGGCUGCUCAAGCCGCCCAAGCCGCAGCAGCAGCCGCAGCAGCGACUCAGCAUCCUACGUUUCCUGCAGUUUCAGCAUCCUCGGAAGCUGCCCCUGGACCCCUGCGCGGCCCGGUCGGCUACGGCGUGCCAAUGGGAAUGUUCGCGCGAGCUUCUCCGUAUCCGACCAUGUCCCCGCUCAACCCCUUCAUGAACAAUCCGUUUCUCAGGAAGCCGAAGAGGAUCAGAACUGCUUUCACUCCCGCACAGCUGAUGAGACUCGAACAAGAAUUCAAAAAGAACCAAUAUGUCGUCGGAGCCGAGCGAAAAACCCUGGCAAAGAACCUUGGCCUAACCGAGACACAGGUCAAAGUCUGGUUCCAAAACCGCCGAACAAAGUACAAGCGAGAAAAGAUGGAAUCCGGCGAAGCCGUCGAAAUGAACGAAGUCGACUCUCCCGUUGAAGAUAUGGACGAUUCCAUCACCAGCUGA